AUGGCAUUUUCAUUCGGCUCUAAUACAACCUCACAGAGUACAGGUUUCGGUUCAGCCGCUAAACCGACUUUUUCAUUCGGUAGCACUAACACAGCUACUACAAGUACUGCUGGUUUUGGAGGUUUUGGUACAGCGACGUCUGCUUCUGGUUUUGGAACAUUUGGUGCACAAACAUCUACUACAGCAACUCCUUUUGGCGGUAUAGGCACAGCUACAACAACUGCACCAUCACUUUUCAGUGGAACUGGCUUUGGAGCCACUGCAGCAAAACCGGCAACCGGAUUUGGCGGUGGUUUCGGAACAUCAACUUUUGGUACUGGAACUGGAUUUGGUACUGGGACAUCAACAUUUGGAAACACAGCUCCAGCAUUUGGCACAAAUACAUUAGGAAGCAAUGCCUUUGGGACAGGAUCAACAUUCGGCACAUCCUUUGGUUCGAAACCCAGUACUGGUUUUGGUGGAUUUGGUACUCUCGGCACCAACACCUUUGGACAGCAGCAGCAACAGCAACAGCAACAGCAAGGACCAACAAAUGCCAAUGAAGCACUCGUGGCAGCUGUCUUCAACUGUUGUGUGUUUGGUGAUGAACGAGAUCAAGUCUUGGCUAAGUGGAACCUCUUACAAGCACAGUGGGGUACAGGUCAAGCCUACUAUAGUCGUAAUGCACCACCACUUGAAUUGAAUGAACAGAAUCCUCUUUGUCGUUUCAAAGCUGUUGGUUAUUCUAAAAUCGGUGGCAAGGAGGAUAAAGAAGGUCAUGUCGCAUUACUCUUCAAUAAAACUGAACAGGAAAUUAAGAAUAAUCAACAAACCCUCUCCACAUCGUUGGCUGGUUUGCUUGGUAAUAAACCAAAUUUAGCCAUCAAUAUUGAAUCUACAAAGGCUGUAUCAGAUACUAAAACCCAGGUGAUCAUAUAUGUGGUUGACAAGGGGGCAAAUGGAGUACACAUCAGCGCAACGGAAUUGGCGGCAUUCCUUAACAACGGCGCUGCUAAGAAUGCUCUCAAUACAGCUGGAUGUUCAAGCAUAACUCCUGUCACAAGACCAACUCCGCAGAUGUUAGAUCAGUAUCUACAAACACCUCCACCAGGAAUGGACAUGCGUCUUUGGAAGCAAGCACAAGCAGACAACCCUGAUCCGGAAAACUACAUACCUGUUCCUAUCAUUGGUUUCUCAGAGAUAAAGUUCAGAUCCCGUGCUCAAGGCGAGGAGGCUGCUUUACAAGCUCGUUGGUUGAAGCGUGCUGGAGAGACACUUGGAGAAUUACGCACACGACGAGCGGCAGCAGCAGCAGCCCUGGCUCGCUCUGCGGCAACCCUACACUCAUUAAAACAUACAUUGCUGCAGGUGAUAGCUCGUCAGGAGGUGGCAGGUCGUGUGGGAAUACCGUUGAGUCCUGAGGAGGAAGCGGCUCGGGCUCGUCUUCAGGAGCUAGCAUCACAACUGGCUGCGCCACCACUGUAUAAUGGUCGUUUGAAUGAACUACUCUGCGCCGUUCGUCUACAGCGCAGCGCAAGCGCAGGAGCUCCUCUCGAAAGAUAUCAAUUAGAUCCAGGUGCUCAAGAGGACGUGAAGCAAUUCCUCUCUCUCCAGCAGAAGGGUAUGGCUCAUUUAUUGGACACAGCUCGCAAGGACCUUUCGGCUCUUAACACUAUUGCUGAAGGCAUGGCUAGACUCGUGCGAGCUUAG